CAGGCCAAGGGCGUCCUGCCCCACGCAUGACAGCGAACGCACCACACCAAUGUGAUCGGUGGCAUUUAACCCAGGCCGCCGCCCCCUUUCUCUCACUCCCCGCUGUUUUCCUUCACUCGGAUUGACCGCGACAGCUGCCGAUGUGCAGUUCAUCUGCCUGAAGUUGGGACAAAUCCGAAGGCAUGCCGCUGGCUCGCAGCCUGUCCGUCACCUCCCUCUCAGGACUGGAGGACUGGGAUGAGGAGUUUGAUUUGGAGGAUGCCGUUCUUUUUGAGAUCGCGUGGGAGGUCGCGAAUAAAGUCGGAGGCAUCUACACCGUCAUCCAGACCAAAGCCCGUCUGACCUCCGAGGAAUGGGGGGAGAACUACUUCCUGGUGGGGCCCUACGUGGAGAGCAACGUGCGCACCCAGGUGGAGCUGAUCGAGCCCACCAACCCGGAGCUGAAGAGGACCAUCGACAAGAUGAACUCCAGCGGGUGCAAGAUCUACUUCGGGCGCUGGCUCAUUGAGGGCAGCCCCUACGUGAUCCUGAUAGACGUGGCCUUCACGGCCUGGUCUCUGGACCGCUGGAAGGUGGAGCUGUGGGAGCUGUGCGACAUCGGCGUGCCGUGGUUCGACCGCGAGGCCAACGACGCCGUGCUCUUCGGCUUCCUGACGGCGUGGCUCCUCGGAGAGUACGCGGCCCAGUGCGAGGAGCCGCCGCACGUGGUGGCCCAGUUCCACGAGUGGCUGGCCGGCCUGGGCCUGGUGCUGUGCAGGCAGCGGCAGCUCCCGGUGGCCACCAUCUUCACCACGCACGCGACGCUGCUGGGCCGAUACCUGUGCGCCGGAAACGUGGACUUCUACAACAACCUGGCAGAGUUCAACGUGGAUAAGGAGGCGGGCGACCGGCAGAUCUACCACCGCUACUGUUUGGAGCGGGCGGCGGCUCACUGCGCUCACGUCUUCACCACCGUGUCACAGAUUACAGCCAUCGAGGCAGAGCACCUGCUCAAAAGGAAGCCAGACAUCAUCACUCCCAACGGGCUCAACGUGAAGAAGUUCUCGGCCAUGCACGAGUUCCAGAACCUCCACGCUCAGAGCAAGAAUCGGAUCCAGGAGUUCAUCAGGGGACACUUCUAUGGGCACCUUGACUUCAACCUAGACAAGUGUUUGUUCCUCUUCAUAGCUGGACGCUACGAGUUCUCCAACAAAGGAGCGGACAUCUUCCUGGAGGCUCUAGCCAGACUCAACUACCUGCUGAGGGUCAAUCAGAGCGACACGACGGUCAUCGCGUUCUUCAUCAUGCCGGCUCGGACGAACAACUUCAACGUGGAGACUCUAAAGGGCCAGGCCGUCAGAAAACAGCUGUGGGACACUGCUCAGACUGUGAAGGAACGCUUCGGAAAGAAACUCUAUGAGUCACUUUUAGUCGGACAGCUUCCUGAUGUGUCCAAGAUGCUGGACAAAGAAGACUUCACCAUCAUGAAGCGCGCCAUCUUUGCGACUCAGAGGCAGUGCCAGCCUCCAGUCUGCACCCACAACAUGCUGGAGGACAGCAGCGACCCCAUCCUCAACUGCGUGCGUCGCAUCGGCCUCUUCAACAGCUCCGCUGACCGCGUCAAGAUCAUCUUCCAUCCGGAGUUCCUGUCAUCCACUUCUCCUCUACUUCCGAUGGAUUAUGAGGAGUUCGUCAGAGGCUGCCAUCUUGGCGUCUUCCCCUCCUACUAUGAGCCGUGGGGCUACACACCAGCGGAGUGCACAGUCAUGGGGAUCCCCUCCAUCUCAACGAACCUGUCAGGAUUUGGCUGCUUCAUGGAGGAACACAUUGCGGACCCUUCAGCAUACGGCAUUUACAUCCUGGACCGGCGGUUCCGGGGAGUGGACGAGUCGUGCAACCAGCUCACCUCCUUCCUGUUCCAGUUCUGCAAGCAGAGCCGGCGCCAGCGGAUCAUCCAAAGGAACCGCACGGAGCGCCUGAGCGACCUCCUGGACUGGAGAUACCUGGGCCGAUAUUAUAUAUCUGCCCGUCAUAUGGCCCUGGCUAAAGCCUUCCCUGACACCUUCGUUUAUGAACCGCAGGAACCCACUUCAACCUCGGGCUUCCGCUACCCCCGGCCCGCGUCGGUGCCCCCGUCGCCGUCGCUGUCGCGCCACUCGUCGCCGCACCACAGCGAGGCCGAGGACAACGACGAGGACGAGCGCUACGACGAGGAGCUGGAGGCGGAGAAGGACCGCGUCAACAUCCGCCAGCCGUUCACCGCGCCCUUCAAGAGCAAGGCGGCGGCGCUCGGGCCCAACGGGAACGGCGAGGGCGUCGCCGGCGAGAAGAACUGAGGCGGGAGCGUUUAUCUGUGGCAGUCGAGGGGAACCUUGUAAACCAAUGCAGUUGUGUGAAUGUGCGCGGCGACGUUAUCGGCUUGUGGUUCGAAUCACAUCACUGUCAGUGUCUUCCCAACCUGUGCAUACCUCAGAAUUUUUAUGAAUAUCGGUCCGUGUGAUACGUUUUGGUGUGAGGAUUUUGUUUUCUUUCCAGUUACACCAGCAGUGAAACCGGGGGUUUACUUUGUGGAUUGAAAACAGCAUCUAAAGGCUAAACAACAGCUCCAAGUGGGGAAAGUAGUGGAUUUAAUAGUGUACCAACACUGGACAACAGGAUAGAAGAUAGAAUUAUUAUUAUGAUUAUCUGGAGGGUGUUUUUUCACGUUUUAAAGAUGGGUCACCACAAACUCUCUUUGUUUACCAGCGUGUUGUCUUCAUGCGUUUAAAGCAGAACCAGCUGUUCUCCAGCCAAUUAUGGACCCACGUGAAGGUGUUGUGAUGUCCUGUGAGAAGCCACGAAGCUCCUGAACGCUGCCUGUGUUUUGCUCCAACGCGGUGCUUCAAACCUCACUCUCCACAUUAUCGUAGCGUUUUUUUCUUUCAAAUGCCUUGUUUACCACGAAACCUUCCAAUAUGAGAAUGGAAAAUGUACACGAACACAGCGACAUAGUGAACAGUGGUGGGUGUGUGUUUGUAUUGUGGCUCUGGGCCUUAAUGUACCGCAGCCUUCCCACAACCUCACACACGUGAGACAGAUAGUGUGUGUAUGUAGAAGGUUAUUCCUAGACUUGUUGCCUGUUUUGAAAAGUAUUUAUUUGUGAAAGAAACAGGAUUUAGAUGAGAAAUGAGGGGGGGGGGGGUCUGUGUCCAGAGUUAGCUCCUGUGUUGAUGUGAAAUAAGGAACUAGAGUUUUAUCAUUGGUUACAAUCAUGCACCAGAUGAACUCAUAAAAAUGUAAAGUUAUAAUAAAGUUUAAAUAUAUAUACUUA